AUGCGGCACGAGACGUCAAUCGCCAGCCUGCCCGCCGAGAUCCUCCUGCACGUCUUCCACUUCGCCCAGGACGACCACGACUCGCACUUUCCGUCAGAGCACCCGGCCGACUCGAUUUUCCCCUUCUUUCGCCGCCGCCUGAACCCGAGCGUCGCCCUGUCGCACACGUCCCGGAACUGGCGCACCCUCGCCCUCUGCGACACGCGCCUGUGGCGCACGCUCCACCUCGACGGCGAGAUCGACGAGGGGCGCGCCGAGGCCAAGGCGCUCCUGUGGGCCGAGCGCGCGACCGCCGACGCCGCGCACGCCGCCGACGGGCCGAGCGGGGUCUCGGGCCUCGUCGUCACGCGCGCCCAGGACUGGUCGCCCGACGAGUUCGCCUACCUGUGCGACGCCCUCGACCUCAUGGACCUCGUCCAGCUGCGCCGAGCCCGCAUCUCGUGGCACGGCGGCGGCGUCGCCGCCGACGAGCAGCGACAGCUCCAGUCGUUCCUGUCCCUCCUCGUCUCGUCGGCGUCCACCCUCGCCUCCCUCACGAUCCACACGCCCGCACACUUGCGCAUCCUCUUCUCGCUGCCCCGCAUCGGCCACACGUUCGCCCGCCUCGAGGACCUCGAAAUACGCUCGUGCAAGUCGUCGACGCCCUCGACCGACGUCUACCUCGUCCCGUCGUUCCUGCCUCGGUUCGCCGGCGAGCAGGACUGGGCUCCGCUCGCGCACCUGCGUCGGCUCGUCCUCGUCGGGCCCAUCUGGCGGCUCCGGUUCGCCGACGGCACGGUCGUGUCGCCCGUCCUCGGGUGGGAGGACGUGCCCGCGCUCGAGUACGCGCACCUCGGCGCGACGACGCCGCCGACGCACUGGGCCCUGCUGUCGCACGCGAGCGGGACGCUGCGGCACCUCGUCCUCGAGAACUUUGUGUCGGACCACCGGCAUCUCGAGGAUCCAGACGUGGCGACCGUCUUUCCUCGGUUGCUCAGCCUCGAGCUCGUCAACUCGGCACCGCUCGCGACGCGUCUACUCGACCUCGCUGUCGGCUGUCGGCCGCCCUCGUCCUCGUCGCGAUCCGCCUCGCCCGGUCCUCCCGCCCGCGCCGCAGCCCUCGUCACCCUCCCUCACCUGCGCGCCUGUCGCUCGCCGGCACCCUCCUUCGCCCCUCACACCUCGCCCUCUUUACCCGCCAGACGACUCCCGUCCUCGAGCGACUCGACCUGCGCCUCACCCUGCCCCUCGAGCACGACGCGCAACUCGCGCUGCCGCGGCACCUGA